AUGGCUACCCCAAACAUGGGGGCCCUGAACGACACGGAGCUGAUGAUGUGGACCAAUGGGACUGUCGAUCAGUGCAGGCCCCGUUACAAUUACUACGCGGCGCUGCUCAGUCUCCUGAUCUUCACUGUGGUUUUCGGCAACGUGCUGGUGUGCUUGGCGGUGUCACGGGAGAGAGCGCUGCAGACCACCACCAACUACCUCAUCGUCAGCUUGGCAGUGGCGGAUCUGCUGGUGGCCACCCUGGUCAUGCCCUGGGUCGUCUACCUCGAGGUCGUUGGCGAGUGGCGGUUCGGUUGGGUUCACUGUGACAUCUUUGUGACGCUCGACGUAAUGUUCUGUACGGCCAGCAUCCUGAACCUGUGCGCAAUCAGCAUCGACAGGUACAUGGCUGUUGCCAUGCCGAUGCUCUAUAGCACACGGUACAGUUCCAAACGGAGGGUCACUCUGAUGAUCACGAUGGUCUGGGCGCUGUCCUUCGCCAUCUCCUGCCCGCUCCUCUUCGGGCUGAAGAAUCAUCCGGAGAAAAGCGAUGAGACAGUCUGCGUCAUCGUCAACCCUUCCUUCGUCUUGUAUUCCUCUAUCGUCUCCUUCUACGCUCCCUUCAUCGUGACCCUGCUAGUUUACGUCCAGAUCUACGCCGUGCUGAGACGGAGGAGAAGACGGGUGGCAGUGAAGAGGAUACACGCUGCUACGGAACAGGAGGCCCAGGCACGUAGCAAGAAUAAGUGUGCGUAUCCUGAAGAUGUUAAACUUUGCAAUUUAAUGAUCCAACCGCAUUCGGACCCGAGUGUGAACAAACAGAAACUGACGCUGGUGCGGGAAGCGAUGGCAGUACCGGAAGGAGCUGAGAGGGCCCACCACGGAGAGGAGCCUGGGAAGUCCAGGCCGGCGGGACCUCCCUUGGCUUUCCAGUGCGCCAUUGCCUCAGGCUCCGGCCUGACGGCUGGAAAGUGGGAGGCGCCGUCCUCCGUCGAAGUGUCCCGGGAUCCUGAAUGGGAUGGCCCAGGGAGUUUCUUCAGGAGCAACACCUUGGAGGUGCUGAGGGUCAUGGAUGAGGAACAGGCCCCAGCCGUCAAGGCAGCAUCGAGGAGCAAGGCGUCCCACCAGAAGGAGAAGAAAGCAACGCAGAUGUUAGCGAUUGUCUUAGGUGUCUUCAUCAUCUGCUGGCUGCCAUUUUUCAUCACCCACAUCCUGAAUGUGCAUUGCCAGAGGUGUUACAUCUCCCCAGCGCUCUACAGCACCUGCACCUGGCUGGGCUAUGUUAACAGCGCUGUCAAUCCCAUCAUCUACACCACCUUCAACGUGGAGUUCCGCAAAGCCUUCAUGAAGAUCCUGCAUUGCUGA